AUGCGCGAUGGCGUCGUGCGCACUGCUGCCCUGCAUCGCAUGCGGCUCGAGGACUUUUCCACACCAAGACUGCAGCAUAUCGUGAGAACGUACGCAUCCCAGUGCUUGCGAGCCCAACACCCGCCACAUCCGACCCGUCGCGCACGUGCAUCGAGACGCUUUCCAGCUUCGCCAUCACCGUCCCCGUCCCUCCCAUUCGCGGCAGUCGCUCGGACGGCAGCUGCAGCUGUCCACGACGCGCCUCAGGGCGGGGGUCCCCUGGCGGAAUAUGACAGAAGAGUAGAGGCUGGUCGCUUGCGAAACGAUGAGCAUCAGAGGGGCAUCAUCGAGAGCUUGCAGCAUUUGCACAACGAGCUGCGCAAAUACAACGCGUCGGCUGUUGUCCACCCCAGCCUGGACCUCCUGAAGCCAUCCAAGAAAUCCGUCUUCUCGUCGCUGUUCGGUAGAGCUAGUACGAAGAAAUCCGUAAUCGACGAGAUACCGGAUGAUCUACCACGCGGACUGUACCUCUACGGCGACGUUGGCAGCGGCAAGACAAUGCUCAUGGAUCUGUUUUACGAUACCUUGCCGAGCUCGGUCAAGACGAAGACUCGCAUUCACUUCCACAACUUCAUGCAGGAUGUACAUAGGCGGCUGCACCAGCUGAAGGUGCAGCAUGGAAGUGAUGUGGAUGGCGUGCCUUUUGUGGCAGCCGAUAUUGCUGAGCACGGCAAUGUCCUAUGCUUUGACGAGUUUCAAUGCACCGAUGUGGCUGAUGCCAUGAUUCUGCGCAGGUUGCUCGAAUGCCUCAUGUCUCAGGGCGUCGUCCUCGUCACGACAUCGAAUCGGCACCCUGAUGACUUGUACAAGAACGGAAUACAACGCGAGUCCUUCAUCCCCGCAAUCAAGCUGCUCAAGAACCGCCUACACGUCAUAAACUUGGACUCGCCCACCGACUACCGCAAAAUCCCGAGGCCCCCAUCUGGAGUAUACCACACGAAGCUGGAUGACCAUGCCAACUCACAUGCCGAGAAGUGGUUCCGCUUCCUGGGGGAUCCGGAGAGCACGGAGCCACGGUCGGAAACGCAGAAAGUUUGGGGGCGCGAGAUUUACGUGCCGCGGGUCAGCGGCCGAUGCGCUUGGUUCACGUUUGACGAGCUGAUACGGCGGCCGAAAUCGGCAGCGGAUUACCUGGAGCUGGUACGGUCGUACGAUGCCUUUGUUGUGACGGAUGUGCCGGGCAUGACGGUUCGGGAGCGAGACCUCGCCCGAAGGUUCAUCACGUUCAUCGACGCCGUGUACGAAGGCAACGCCAAGCUGGUUCUCACCACGGAGAAGCCCCUGACGGAGCUUUUUGUCUCGCGGGACGAGAUUGCGGAAAGCUUGCUGGAGGGCAACAGCCGGGGCCGGCAAAGCAGGGAACAAGCCGUCCUGGCUGCCAAGGAAAUGCUGGACGAUGCGGGGACGCAGGCUGAGCAGCUCAAAAACUCAGCCCUGUUUGCUGGCGAGGAGGAAGCGUUUGCCUUUGCGCGGGCGCUGAGCCGGCUCAAGCACAUGGAAAGCAGAGAGUGGGUCGAGCGAGGGAUGGGUCUCGAGGACCAGGGCGGCAAGCAAGAUCGAGACAGCUGGUCCAAGACGAGGAGCCGGCAGAUGGAAGAUUCGAUGUAG